UCAACAAGUAACAACAGCUGCUGCUGAGUGCUGCUUACCUUGCUUUUUAUUGUUUAGAUAUUAGAAUAUUUAUUAUUUAGUACAAUAAAUAGAUUUAACUGUGUAAGAAUCACAAAUAAAAAUGGACAGUAUUUGGUUAAAGAUAAAGGAUCGUAAAUUCUUUGUAAAGAAAGAUCUAUUAUGUGAAUAUAGUGAUUAUUUUAAAGCUAUGUUUAGUGGGAAUUAUGUGGAAAAUGAACGAAAAGAAAUUUCUAUAGAUACGUUGGAGCCUGAUAUAAUGGAAAUUAUACUGCAAUAUAUGAAUGUAGGUCUCAUAGAUCUUGGGGAUCAUACAAUCCCCGUUAUAGGGGAAAUCGCAAUAGCCGCUAAUUUUCUUCAAAUCACGGAACUUAUAAAACAAAUUGAAUACAUAUUAGAUUUUCAAUUAUCUGAAUCCAAUUGGUUAGAAAUUAUGUCUUUAGCUGACCAAUGUUAUUUCCCAAAAUUAGAGAAACUAGCUAUCGUGCACGGUUUAUUAUCGUUUAAAUCUAUGAAGCCUGAGUACAUUCCAACACUAAAAAUACUCAGUUGGUAUUUAUCCCAUCCAUACUUGGACUGUGAAAGUGAACUAGACGUAUAUAAGUUUGGCGCUUGGUGGGUAAUGCGACAGGAAACCGGUGUAGAUGCAUUACUAAUUAUUCUUGGCUGCCUAGAUGUCACUAGAAUCACUAUAUCCGAAUUAUCUGAUAUUAUUAACAUGAUGAAAGAGUUUGAAAAUAGUCUUCCUGCCAAAGUAGUGGAGUGCUUGUUUUAUUUACUUCAUACUUACGAUAGUAUAAAGACAGCCAAUUUGUCCAAACUCAAGAUUAAAAUAAGUAUAAAAUUCACAGAAAGAGUAUGCAAUGAAGUGUUAAAUUUAGUUGAAAAUAAUUCUGCUCGUAAAAUGAAUCGCACUCCUGUGGUACCAAUGUGGCUGUUGAAAGAGUCGAAACCUGAGUUACUGCCACAUUGUCUCUAUUCCUAUACAAAGCAAAAUAAAUUUGAAAAAUGGCUUGAAGUCGCUGAUAAAAAUUUAUGGGGGUGGAGUGUGGUGUCUUGGGGGUUGAGUAAAAUUGUAGUUAUUUGCGGGGAACACGGACGAGGCACUGGAAUGUUCAUGCAGGAUGUUAAGGUAUAUGAUACAUUGAGGAAAUCAUGGACCAACCAUGGGGUUCAGUUGCCAUCACGUAGGCAUGCUGGCUUUGCUGUCAAGGGUGAUUCUUUGUAUAUUGUUGGUGGAGUAGGUUCAUUUAGGGUAGUAUUAGAUACAGUAAUAGUAUAUGAUUUGAAGCAGAGAUCAUUUAGAAAAAUUGCCAAAUUUGCGGAUGCAAUUCAAAGUCCUGCAGUAUGUUUACACAAUGACAUGGUGUAUGCCGCAGGACACAAAUAUAUAUACCGAUUUGAAGAUGUGGGAAGCACAGAGCAGUGGAAUAGUGUUGUUCGUACUGAUAUAAGAAUGAGUUGCAUGAGGUCAUUCAAAAAGUAUAUUUAUUGUACACAGAGCUAUUUCAGUCACUUGUAUAGAUUCAGGCCUGAUGAAGAUGUGAGGUUGCAGGUCAUUACAACGUUUUCAAGUCCUCCAGCUACUAUGUGCAAUUUAUAUGAUCGUCUCCUUGUAUUCACGAGGAGUGUCUGCAGGCAGUCAGAUAUAGUAUCAGUAGAAGGGUACAGUGGUGAAAAUAUUCACGAAAAACCUAAAGUUCUUUACAACGAAACAGACACUUCAAUGAGAGUCAAUGAUGUAGCAGGAUCUUGUGUAAUAAUUACUGAAAACCCAACCGACAUAAAAUGGGAAGGCACUCAGUAUAUUAAAAAAUAUCUUCAGCAUUAUGAUAACGAAUAAAGUAUAAAGUAGA